AGCAGCAGUAAGCAUGCGCUGAGGUGGCAGGCUCUCUGGGCUGGUCCUGACGGGCUGGCUGGCUGCGCUCCGGGCGGAUGUCUGUGCACGUCAGACGGCGGUGGGGAGACAGCCAUCAACACUCCGCGUCUCCUCGAGUGCUCGGAAGGCAAAGACAGGAAGAAACCCGCGGAUAACAUUGCAAAAGGAAUUCAAACUGGCCCACCUCCGCAUCUGGAAAAGCACCCACGAAGACAGAGACGAUCCUCCCUAUCCUCCCGCCCACACCCCGUCGCCAACCCGCCCUGUCUCUCCUGUCCAGCACUUUUUGCUAUCCUUCUGGCCUGAACUGCCCCCCUCGGAGAACCACGACCACCCAAAGGAACCCCCCACUUGACUUGACCAGCGUUGCCAUCAAGCGAUGCGCUUUGAAUUUGAGACGGAAUCACCUUUUGACGCACAACAGAAGCGGUGGUCGUCGUUCCCCUCGGCGGAACAGUUCAGGCUGUGGAUCCGGGUGUUUACUCUCUCCAGUGCUACACAGCCUGUAUGACACGGCUGUCAUUCUGAAGAAUAAUCUUUAUUUAAACUAGCGGCUGCCACACGCCGGUUUCAGCGUAUUUGAUGUUUCUAGCAAUUAAACGUUUACCGACAAUGGUCUAGGGACAGACCGCCGCCAGACCGUGAUUUGUAAGAGAGAGGAUACGCCAGAAGUUUCUUCACAGGAGUAGACGUGGACCGAACCGGAGACAGUUCGACCAAAUCCACGGUGUAAGUUUGGAGGUCAGCGAAUCGUAGCCAUGUUGUCCCUGGACGAACCCCUGGACCUGAAACUCCCUCGGCGGUUAAAUGGGAAGGACAGAGGUGCACGCUCUCCUCCCCUCUCUCCACUACACCCCAAACGCAUUCGCCAACUCCAUAUGACGGAUGACGGGACAGCAGUUAUAGAGCCCGCCUCACCAGCAUCUCCACACUCAGGUGUGCAGGUGGUCCCUCAUGACCGAACAGACACCCCAACCCCCCCUGCGGUGGACCUGAGCAUGUCUCCCUCCUCCCGACACACUCCCAGUUCUCCAGAAACAAGUAACGGCAACUGCAUCCCCUCAGGGAAUCCUCACCUCUCACAGGCGUUUCAGUUCUUUGUGCCAAUCGGACCCGGAGCAGGACUUCACCUGCCAUCCUCCAUGUUCAUAGGCCAAACAAGCGAUAAGAGAGCCUCUCCUGACCUUUCUGCAGACGAACAACUCGCCUGCCGCUGGAAGAAGUGCCAUUUGCUAUUUGACUCCCUGCAAGACCUCGUGGACCACGUCAACGACUUUCACGUCAAACCGGAGAAGGAUUCUGGGUACUGCUGUCACUGGGAGGGCUGCGCUCGCAGAGGGAGGGGGUUCAACGCUCGGUACAAAAUGCUCAUUCACAUUCGCACCCACACCAACGAGAAGCCUCACCGCUGUCCCACCUGCAACAAGAGCUUCUCGCGCCUGGAGAACCUCAAGAUACACAACCGCUCACACACAGGUGAGAAGCCCUACAUUUGUCCUUAUGAGGGCUGCAACAAGCGCUACUCCAAUUCCAGCGACCGCUUCAAACACACGCGCACACACUACGUAGACAAGCCCUACUACUGCAAGAUGGUAGGCUGCCUGAAGCGCUACACGGAUCCCAGCUCACUGAGGAAGCACAUCAAAGCCCACGGCCACUUUGUGGCACAGGAGCAGGGCUCCCCAGGUGGGGUGGGCUCUAUGCUGAAGGGGAGUCAGAGUGGGGGGCUAGCUAGCGGUGGUGCUAAAGAUCCAGAGUUGUCCUACAUGAACGGAGCCCACAUUAUCAUUCCUGGAGCAACAGCUGCUCUCCUGGGAGGCCACGCCCUGCAAGGCCUGGGUGGUGCUCUGCCCUUGUCACCCCUCAGCCCGAGGCCCCUGGACCUCAGCACUCUGGGUAGCCCCAACUCCCCUCCACCCAUCCUGUCCUUCAGCGGCUCCCCUCUGGGUCUGGCCAAGGCUCCUUUGCUGUCUCAUGCAUUCCCAUCUCCCCUCAGCCUGCCCAUGGUUCCGAUGAUGGGGCCCACAUCCGAGCGCCGGGCACAGAGCCACCAGCUGAAGAGAGGCGGAGGAGAGGAAGGAGAGGACGAGCUAAGUGGGGGGGUCCUAAACCUCUCCACAGGGGGGUCUCAUGAUCCCCUGUCCUGGGUGGUCAUCCCUCCAGGCGCUGUGGUGCUCAAGCCAGCUGUGGUUAACUGACACACACACACACAUAUGCACAGAUGCACGCACACACACACACACACAUGCAUAGAUGCACGCACACACACACAUUCCAGAAGAGCUCAGGGGGUUGGAGGGGAGGGUCCAUGCCAUCGUGGGACAGCAGGAGGUCGGGUGGAACAAUCGACUUGUGGCCGUGCAUCAAGAAGAUAACUCCGAACCUCACACCCUAACCUAUCCAACACACUCCCCUCGGACUGUUGGAGAACUAAACUUGGGACCCAGGAAGUGAAUCCAGGAACACGUAGGGUCCUGUAAUCAUCACAAGGCCUUACGAACAGGCUCCUCUUGUCUGAUACUUCAUCCAUUCCUGCUGGUUCUGUGGACGAGGACCGCAAACGCGGCCGUCUCAGUGCUCUGUGUUCCUAAUCUUACAUAUUUAUGUGACUGUACUUUGACAAGGUGCCUCCAGCUCAGCAGUGAGACACAAACACCACGACUGAAGCACUCAUAGGAAGGUUUUUCAUCUUUAAAGUUAUUUUUCACAGGUUUCUGUGCGAUAUAAUUCAGACAAGCUUGCCGAACCAAAGCAAGUGAACUCAGGCUGUCCUAUCUGUUCGGAAGGCAGCUCAGCGUUAACAAGAGCACUUAAUGGUGUCAGCUGGUUAAAGUAUUGAAACCUCAAAACUGCUGCUAACCUCUCUGCUCCCCCAGUGCAACACAAACUGGGAACGAGCACUUUUCUUUCGACAAUCUGUCCCCGGUUUGGGGAGGGUGACCGACACAGACCAGACUAGUCCACAGGUGUGUGCAGACUAGGGGCUUUUAGGGUUUAGACCUAACUAACAGACAGACGGUGUUCCAUCACCUGACAGUGACCAAUUAUUGCUUCUCCUUUUUUUACACAAGUGAAAUGUAAAGCACUGGUGCGUUUGACUCCCCCCUCUGGCCGGACGUGAUCAACAACAUCCUGUACGGUCAACCAGUUUAGACGUAAAACCCAGGUGGUGAGAAGCACCACUGCCUUUAGUGGUUUCACGACUGAAAUGACCCCAAAACCAGACACAGGUGGUCUAGUUUAGAUGAGAUCUUGUGACUAAAAAACCUGGAGGGGGCGCUCGGUGCUGCUUACGGCCGGACUAGUCACAGGACGCCACACUGACAAACUGCCUCAUUUUAAUCUGUCCGAAGGGGCAAAGAAAGAUUUUUAAAGCUCUCGUGGGGAACGUCUUGUCACGGUCUGAUCAAACAGUCGACCUGCACUUAUCAGAGUUUAGAAAACCUCCCUUUGGAUUCCUGUUUCUAUUUUAAACAGUGAUUUGCUGUUAUUUGACUUUUCUGCACAUAUCGCUGCCGUGUCCACGCGAGGGAGGACGGGGGCAGCGGAGGAGGGUUUCUAAACAAAGAACACUCCUGAAAAGACACUCUCCUCCUGUGAUCAUGUUCUGAUUUUCCCCGUCUGAAGGGCGAUUCACCCACCUGUCACUGUUUUAUAUUUCUGUCGUAUUUUUAUUUGCUCAGACGAGACAUUUUCUUGUGAUGUUGAUAUCGCUUCCUGAGUUUUGGCUGCUCUGCAUCAGCUUUCUGCUGUCGGGUCUUUAGAGGGGUUUAAGUCAGGGAGUGAGUGUGUGUGUGUGUGAGUCCAGAGCAGUGGAUCCUAACCUGAAGUGUGGACUCCAGAGAAAAAACAAAAUGUCAAAUAGCUAACAAAAUUUUUUCCAUGAGAAUUUAUGACCUGCUUUGAAGUAUUUUGGGCCUCCGUUCAGAUUUCUGCAGACAUUCAUCUGGUUUGUUUUCGUAGGAACCUGUUAGCCGCUGAGCUAAGUCAAAAAGCACAACAAAUGAUUACAUUUUAAUGAUAGAACACAAAAGGCCAGUGUACAUUUAAAAUGUAACUGGGUGUGUUUGAAAAAGAAAAAACAAUCUAAACUUAUUUAGAAACUAGAUUCAUGUUGGAAAUACUGAAAAUUUUGAGAAACAUUUGUUGAAUCAGAGACUCCUCAUGUAAAAAUAUCCUAAAAUGUCUCAAAAUUCACACACCUAGGGUACUGUUUGAUAUUUACCACGACAAAAAGCAUACUGGGGGACAUUUUCUACAGUUCUGAAGGCCAUAAAUAAGUGGUAUCUUCAGAAGGCGCAAGCCCAGUUGGAACCACUGCUCUGAGAGACAAAUGUGAUCCAGCGGGUCCAAUGACACCAUAUUCCCUCCUGACAAUCACGUUAGUUCACUACUUUUAAAGUGUGAGCGUAAUGGAGAUCUUCAAUAGCUAUUUUACACGGUUUCACAAAUGCAGACGGGUUAACGUAGAGAGGUGACCUCCAACUGUGAAUCGUAUGGCUGAGCUGGAGGAGUGCGAGAGCAAAGAGAAUGGCUGAAUGAGUGAGUGGAUGAAGGACAGGAAUACAGGAGAGCCGGGGCUGGGAGCCAGGACGGGGGGGUGGGGGGGGGUUCAUCCUUUGCUGCUGCUCUCCAUCUGGCCACCUACCCAGAAAACGCUCCUCUCUGAAGUCGAUGGCUGCCCGGUGCCCAGUGUGGCAGCCGCUCUCAAACCAGCACGCAGGAAACUAGGCCACUGACCUCCUCCUGCUCUCCGAUCUUCUCUGUAGGUCAAACCUCACGCUCAGUUCUCACCCGCAAACUAAACUUUGAUGCAGAAAGAUAAACUCAUGAAUGUAAUUUAAUGUUGCAUUCAGGUCAGUGAGGACACACACACACACACACACACACACACACACACACACACACACACACACACACACACACACACACACACACACACACACACACACACACUUACUUACUUCAGGUCAGCUACUGAAAAGAGUCAUUUGUCUCUGAAUGGACCAGCCUGGCAUGUGAUGUCACCAGGAGCAGGCGUUAGCCAAGCCAGACAUGGUCUCCAUGGCAACAGUGAAACCCACGGAUGAGGCGGCUCCCCUCUUCCUCCUCUGCUGGCCGACGCCAGGGACAGAGACUCAGCCCGGCAGCAGAAACCUGCAGAAUGACACGGAUCCAAACUGGGUCCACACCAGUUCAAUGUUAACUAAGCAGCACGCCCCAUUAACCCUUUGAGCUCAGUCUGUAAUGAAACUGCACUUUCCCUCCCCGUGUAGACUAUGGAUAUGGGGAUGCUCUCUUUGUUGUUGUUUAAUCUGCAUCUACGAUCAGUUGUUUGGGAAAUAUGAACAAUUGUGAAAACUUUGCUCAACAUGACUACAUUGAAAUAAUUUUUCCUUUUUGAUUUCAUGUUAUAUGAGUGGUACGUGCUCCUGGAGAUGUUAAAGCAACCCAAACUCAAAUGUUACAAGAAGCAGAGCCAAGAUCCGGGACACUGGGAGGCCAGAGGUGACCGGUGUUGGAAGUGCCACAGUGUUGCACAAAGGGUUAAUGACGAGACCAGGGCCAUUCAAGGCUUGUUCAGCUCAUGUUUUUGCACAUUUGUGAGAUAUUAUGUCAGUAUUUUUAUUUUUCCAAGUGCCUUUUUACUAUAGGUAAAUAUAAAAGUUCUACACUAUAAUAAAAGAACCAUACGAAACUAUAUUUUUCCUGAACCAUGUUCCGGUGUUGAACAUGCAGAAUUUUAGAGUUGUAAAGUCUCCAGUUGGUACAACAUAGCAGCGUUCUCCUGUUCUAGAGGAAUUUUAUUACGAUAUUGAUAUAAGAAAAAAUGUCAAUGAAAACAACAAAUGUUUAAUAAAGUUGCAUUUGAUAA